GGAAAAAAAAACGGAAGUGACGAGUGUUCAUUUUAAACCAUGCUUGAAUGGAGGUGACCUUAGUGGAUAAUCUAAUAGUUAAAUUUAAGUCUUAUUCGUUAUCGGUCCCUCGUUUUAUGCGAUUGCCCCGUGUUGCUUAAUACGAAAGCGGUCUUUAAAAGUAUUGAGAAGGACGAACAGACAUGGCGGAGGCUCACCAAGCACGCGUUCAGGCUGUGGUGGAAGAAAUGGUCCAAACUCUGGAGAGGGAUCACAUCCGCAAAAUGCAGGCUCGCAUGUUCAAGUGCAGCGCGGACUGCUGUGAUCGCCCCACGGACACCAUGACCCAGGUGCAUCAGUGUAUCGACAGGUGUCACAGUCCUCUGGCCAAAGCCCAGGGCUUCGUCACAUCCGAGCUGGAGAAGUUUCAGGACCGUCUGGCCAGAUGCACAAUGCACUGCAACGACAAGGCAAAGGAUCUGUUUGACUCCGGUGCCAAGGAACCGGCUGUCCGGUCCCUGAUGGAGAGAUGUGUGGGCAGUUGCGUGGACGACCACAUGAACCUCAUUCCCAGCAUGACUCGUAGAAUCCAGGAGAACCUGGACGCUAUACCCCAAUGAGACGACAAACAACGCUUGUCCUGAGUUCGCUCGGAUCAUUGACUACAAAGUGGAAGUAAAAAGGCACGAGCACUGGCGUCAGAACACGGCAUCCGCAGGGCCCGGUAUCCCAUGCAGUUCAAAUCAUGCAUCAGGUGUUGCGCUGUCACACGUAUAUAAGUUGUCAUUCGACCUCCCAAAGUAGGGAGAUAUGUUUCCGUAAAACCAUUACAAUUACAUUUGACUGCAUUUCUUUUAGAACGUGGCAAAAAAAACAACUUACCUCAUACAUAUAGAAUAUGAGGUAGCGGCAAACCUCAUGUUGAAGCGCGAGGUCACCUGUCAAAUCAUGUGAUUUAAGAUGUUUUUUUUCAGAGUUUACAAGUAAUA